AUGGCGCCUCCUGCUUGGUUUAACACAGCUCUGAUGGAGGAGGCCCACCGCCUUUGCAACUUGUCGUACGAAGAUCGUGCUCAGCAGCUUGCUGCCUUACAACCAGACUACGAGGUCGUGCACACAAUGAAUGACAAGAUUUUCGUUGCGAUGAGUUCAAGACUUAGAUGGUUGGUCUUCCGAGGUACGGCUGACCUUGGAGACAUCAUCGCAGAUGUCAGGGUUAGCCCGAUGGAGGUGAGUCCGCUUUGCCAGGGCGCAGCGCAUAGUGGCUUCUUGCAGAGGGCACAGCUGGCACCCGAAGUGGUCACCGACAAUCCGGCCGACGAGCAGCGCAAGCUUUAUUAUUCCCUGGAAGAUGGAGAUGUUACUGUGGAAACAGCCGUUGCCACUACAAACGAUGCAGACAUACCACAAGCUCCGCAUGCGGUUCGUCUUCAAAUCCGAAAUAACUUAUCCAGCGCCAUUAGUUGCAUGAUCCCUGCUGGAACCGUUUUCGAGCAGCCGAGCUGGAACAAGAUCCAGAACGUGGCCACGCAGCAUGCUGAGGUCCUACACAUACCGGCAAGGAGCACGGCAAGUGCAAUCAUCCCGGCCCUCUGCAUGAACGAGCAGUACGAUUGUCCCAAGCACGAUAACGUGAAUCUUACACCCUUUGCUGUUCGGGAAUCAGGCGCUGUUCGAGACCAGGUUGCCCUCUGGGAGCACGCUGCAGCGGUGCUUGGAUGCCGGCGUGAGCAGCUGAUUCUGCAAUGUUGA